CGGCGCGGGCGGAGGCCGUAACGGGGCGGUAACAGCGGCGCAGGGGAGGCCGAGCGCGGAGCCCGCGGAGGGGCAGCGGAAGAAGCGGGCAGGGGCCCGGGGGGCGAGCGCGGAGCCCGCGGAGGUGGCUGAAAGAAAUUUAUCACAUAAAAGAAAUGAUUGAGUCAGUCAAAUUAAGAAGGCAGUGCAUGCUGGAUUUCUACUCACAUUAUGAACAUCUUUGUGAACUUCAAGGCUCUGUCCCACUGAAAGCUGUGAAGGCUAACUUGACUCAGAAUGCUAUUGAUCUAAUUGUAGAUCACAUCAAAGCUACUGACUGGGCACCACUUCUGAAUGCUAUCAGGCAUAAUAAGACUCUGACUUCUAUUGGAAUAAGAAGUUUACAUCAACAUGGUCUUGAAGAAUCAGGUGUUGAAAGAUAUAAAACUUACUUUAGAAGAAGAACUCCAGUGACUCUGUCAAAAGACUUAACUGGCCAACUAUGCAAAGCUGUGAAAGGCUGUCUUAGUAUAUCAGAUGUACUAAAAAAUUUAGAACUGCAGGGUUUGCUUCUGAGGGAAAGAGAUCUAACACUUUUAACAAAGGGCUUGGCCACAGCUUCAUCUCUGGAAAGUGUCUCUUUAGCCCACUGUCCAAUUGGAGAUGGAGGAUUGGAAACAGUCUGUCAGAGUAUAAAGAAUGCAGCUACUAUCAGAUCUGUAAACUUCACGGCAUGUAGCCUCACAUGGCGAGGGGCUGAACAUAUAGCAAAUGUACUAAAGCACCAGGCAAUGAGAAGACAUGGUGAAGCUUGGGCUGAAAGCCUGCGUUACAGGCGACCUGAUCUCGAAUAUAUGACAGGCUUGAGACGGGUUACUUUGAACUGCAACAUGCUUGUUGGAGAUAGAGGAGCAAGUGCCUUUGCAGACUGUCUAGGAGAGGACCUUUGGCUGAAAGCACUUGAUUUGCAGCAGUGUGGAAUAUCCAAUGAGGGAGCAAGAUCAUUAUUAGAUGCUCUUCAAACUAAUACAACAUUAGUGGUACUUGACAUAAGAAAAAAUCCAUUAAUAGGUCAUGUUCUGAUGAAAAACAUUAUUGAAAGAGUUCUUAAGAACGGAAAUAUUGCUAAUUCAGAGUAUAAGUGGCUGACAUCUCCAUCUUCCAAAGAUGCUUUGAAAAAUAGACCAAAGAAAAGAACUAUUGUCCUAGGAAGCGGUCGAAAAGGAAAAGCUACUAUUCGUAUUGGACUAUUGUCUAAAAAAUCGGUAAGUCCUGGGAAAAAAAUUACAUCUGUCAAAGAGAGUUACUCACCAAAACCACUACCACCAGGCACAAAAGGCUUCCUUCCUUGGCGGACUGCAGAACGUGCAAAGAGAUGCAGAGGUGGGGCUCUUGAUCGUACUGGAGAAUUGCCAGUGGAGAUUCAGACAGGUGUUCCUGUGAAAGUGACAGUAGAAAGUGCUUCUACAUUUGAUACUGAAGACCCAGAAGAUUUAGAUGAUGUCAUCCACUAUCCUGAUCUGGCAAAAUCAAUUGAUAAGAUUAAUGUAACAGAGUAUCAACAAUUAGAGUUGGAGCUGGAAGAAUGCAUGUUAAAACUAAAGGAAGAACAAAGAGCUAGAGAGAAGGCUGAGGAACGAGUAACAGAGCUGGAAAUUGAAAAUGCAAGAUUAAGGAAUCUAAAUAUCUCCCUAUCCGAGGUUCUUCAUGCACAGUCAGUAACCAGCACGAUUUUGGAAGAUGAAGGUGUUCUAGGCAGCAUUGAGAACUCUUUUCAAAAGUUUCAUGCUUUUUUAGACCUCCUUAAAGAUGCUGGACUUGGACAGCUUGCUGUAUUAGCUGGGAUAGACCAGUCAGAUUUUGGCCUUUUGGGCCAUCCGCAAAUGAAUUCUACUCUCAGUAAGCCUGCUAACAUGGUAAAGGAGAAGUCUUUUGAAGAAGAAAGACAGGAACAUAACCAGAACAGCAAAUAUCUUCACUGGAAUCUCUCAUUUCAGAACAGAAUAGGGGACAUCCAGCUGUCUCUUCCUGGUACGUUUCAAUCCCAGAUGGUUAUGAAUAAUGCCUUUUCUGCACUUAGAGAAAUACAAGAACUUCAGACUGCUGGACAGCAGUACCAGCUAGGCUCAUGGAAGGAAACUGAAGCUCAAAGAAUUGACCAAAAUAAAGAGGAUAAGCCUCGCAGUAGUACACCAAUAUUCUCUGAGAGGAGAGUCAAACAAAAUGAACAAGCAAAAGGUCACUCAGCAAGGCAGUUGCAUUCAUUUGCUGAUUCCAGUGUACAUAUUAAAAGUGAUGACAGCAGAGUAUCCAGUGGUAUGUCUGUUGAAAAAAGCAAAAAUUCUUCCUCUAAGAAAUACAUCCCUAGAGCAAAUGAAACGGCAGCUCCAGCUACUGGAGCGAGAGGAAACCAAAGUACACUACAAGCAGUAAACAGCUCUGGAAGUGACACUUUAGGAUCUGGUUCUGAAAUACAGGAAAGUAUACAAAGUGUUACCAGCAUUUGAAAUGGUUCUAAAAUGUUUGGACUGUUCUUUGCACUUGGUAUAUUAAUAAUAGAUUUUGGAUGUUUCAGUAUAGUUUGUGAAUUUUUUGUAAGGUAAUGAAGACUUUGUGACUUUUUAAAACAUUGCAUGUUGUUUCAUGUUUGCAUUCCUUGUCAUGAGAUUUUGAAUUUUGGAAACACAUGAUACACUUAAAAUGGUACCUGUCAGUUUGUACUACAUACAGAGGACUCCUGGCGUAUGGAUUUCAUUACCUACACUGAUCUUGGUGUAGAGUGUAAACUGUUUUGAGCCAAUAAAGUUAAUUUGAGUACAGUUU